CAAAAUGUCUCCUGAUUGAAAAGCGACAGAGCGCCUGACAGUGGGGCUGGAGGGCCUAUGAUAAUUCACAUACAUCGAAAUGGAUGCCCCACAGGCUUUUGUUGAGGAAAUAGAUUUCAACGAACUCCAAUGUCACGAGGUGGUUGGAAAAGGUGCCUUCGGUGUCGUCAGUCGAGCCAAAUGGCGUGGCAAAGAAGUAGCUGUGAAGCUGAUUGAGACAGAGUCAGAAAGGAUUGCCUUCAUUACGGAGCUAAAACAAUUGUCUCGGGUCAAUCACCCAAAUAUUGUCAAACUGUAUGGUGCCUGUACCAAACAGCCAGCGGUAUGUUUAGUAAUGGAAUAUGCAGAAGGGGGAUCUCUGUACAACGUCCUACAUGGUACUGGUCCCCAACCUGCCUAUACAGCGGCCCAUGCUAUGAGCUGGGCACUUCAGUGUGCCAAAGGUGUUGAGUAUCUACACAAUAUGAAGCCAAAGGCUCUCAUCCACAGAGACAUGAAACCUCCAAACUUGUUAUUAAUAAUGGGUGGUACAGUACUGAAAAUCUGUGACUUUGGCACAGCUUGUGAUAUACAGACACACAUGACCAACAACAAGGGCAGUGCUGCCUGGAUGGCUCCAGAGGUGUUUGAAGGUAGUAACUACAGUGAAAAGUGUGAUGUGUUCAGCUGGGGGAUUAUCCUUUGGGAAGUGAUUACAAGAAGGAAACCUUUUGAUGAGAUUGGUGGCCCUGCCUUCAGGAUCAUGUGGGCUGUACAUAAUGGUACACGACCACCACUUGUGCGUAACUUGCCAAGACCUCUAGAGCUGCUCAUGACUCGGUGCUGGUCUGGAAACCCCGCAGAACGACCAUCCAUGGCAGAAGUCACUAGAAUUAUGUCUCACUUGUUUCAGUUUUUUGAGGGUGCUGAAAAGCCAUUGGUUUACCCACAUUAUGACGAUGAAGAUGAAGUUGGUUCGCCAGAAUUUUCUUUCAACACACCAGCAACAGUAUUCUACAACACACCACCAAACGAUGUCAUAACUUCAUUCACUCCUCAGACGUCGGAGUCCAGGUCUGAAACACUUAUCAGUGACACAGUCCGUCACCAUUUGGACAGAAAUGAGGCUGAGGAACAGCAACAGAUGUCCCCUCCUCCCCUACCACCACGUGCUAACCCACCACAGGAGCAGACAAGACAAAUGAGUGCACCACCAUCCUUAGCAGCAAGUCGGGAGAGCCUGUUUGAGGGACAUGUACGUAGCCCAAGGUCGGGCACACCUGUAGACCCACACCUGAAACGAAACUCUGCAGACAUGAGCAGAUUUGACCGCGAUAUCAUGACACAGGGAAGCAGUGGAAGUGGAAGUAGUAGCGAAUCACACAAAGGCCAUCGUAGGGCGGGCUCAUAUGGUACGCCCUCCAUGUUCUCCUCCGCUGGACUCCCCAUACAAACAGCGUCGCAAGGAAGGGGCCACAGAAGGGGUGGAUCUGAUGAAGUCUCACAAAUACGAUACAAUCAUAGAAGUUCUCCUGUGUUUGUAAAUACUGCACCCAUCCUACCCCACUCAGGGCCUGUCUCAGUCAGUCCAGUUCACCAUGUAAGCACGUACCCUGGCACCCUCAAUCAGACCUCUCAGGAAACCACCCCUUCCCCUGUUAGGUCUUUCUCAUACCAGCCACCACAAACAACGGAACGGGUUCAACCCCAUAAUGUCCGUGCAGCAUCGUGGACGUCGGAAAUGUCUGUGGUGCCAGUGACCAUGGUAACUGGAGGAAACCAGCCUUCUGAUCCCCAACCACGACCUAUCAAUCAAAUUGUAGGUACAGGAAUGUCGAAUGCUGACUCGUUUGCCAUGAACCUAGUGUACCAGUCACUGGACCACCAACUGCAGCCUCUCGCACCAUGUCCUACUAGUAGGGAAUCCAUGGAAAUAUUUGACCAACAUUGCAAGCUUGCUCAGGAGUAUUUGAAAGUUCAAACAGAAAUGGCAUUAUUAACACAGAGAAAGAAUGAUUUAAUUAGAGAAUUUGAAAUGGAUGAGAAGAAUCAACAAAGCAGUACUCGUCUCGCCGAGGAAUAUAAUCUACUUCUUCAGGAAAAUGAAAGCCUGGCCUUACUUCACAAAAACUUAAACAAACAAGUCGAGCAGGUGCGACAAAUGCAACAGAAAAAGAGAUGAAGCGAUCAAACGAAAGUAAAUUGUAUCAGAAUUGUGAAGCUUUACAGUGGUGAUGUCACAGCUACCGUUUAAAGGUGCCAUGCAGAAAGGACUUUUUUCCAGAACAUUUUAAUGUUAAUUGGACUGGAAUGAAAUUUCCUGGAGUGUAUGUGUGGAUGGGGUAACAGACUGCAAUGAAUAGAAGUCAUGGACUCGCUGAUUUGAACUGUUGUGAAAAUGUAGUCAUAUUUGACUUAGAAGUUUCUAGUCUUGGCUCAGAUGCUUGAUGAUCAUGAUCUGAUCUCAUUGUUUACAAACAUAGACUUUUAUCAAUGUUUAUGUCUGGUUAUCAAGUGAAAUGCUGAGAUUUCUUUCAGAUGACAAACCACAAUAUUGAUCUAAAUAAGAAAAAAAUUAGUGAUUUUGAUUAAAAAUUUCGGUGAGGGCUUCAUCCUGUAUAACUGGUUUACUUUACUUCCUAAAUAUGACAACAUUCUAUAGAUCUAGUAAUGGGAAGACGGUGGUUGCUAAGCUAUGUGGAUUUCAAACAAUAUGUUUCUAUUUUGUUCUUUAAUUUGUACAGAAAACCUACUGUAGAAAUCAUGUUUUAUUAAAAUCUCUUUGCGUCAGUGGGAUCAGUUUGAUAGAAUAAUGUAUAAUACAUCAAAUGCCCAUUCUUUUGAUGAGCCAAAAUUAUUUACAAUAUAAUCUGUAUUCAUUUGAAGCUGGUCUUCAUUUGUAUAAUGAUUAAUAGUGUUAAAAACACCACAUAGAUUAAAUAAACAAUGUAUGAAACACUCUGAUUGAAUUCUGAUUGAUCAGUAUCCAAAUAUAAAAAUGAAGCGAGUUUCCAACCAUUUCAUAGGGCUAUCUCUGCCCGAGGUGCUGUUCCUACAGUCUGCAAUGCAUUUGUGGAGAAUUGAUAUUUCACUAAAAAUAGUGUGAUCUGAUUGGUCAAGGAUUGAAAUUAUCAAAAUUAGUUUUUGUCCUCUCAGUGAAAGUAUCAAUUAUAUUUUCACCGGAAAAAUGUUAAAUUUCACUGCAAAAAAAGUGUAAUGAUGAAAUCUGAAAAGCAUUUGAAAUUUUGAUGAAACAAUCCUAUUGCUGGGUCAGUUGUGAAAAAGGAAUGAUAUGCUAUUUCAGAGUAAUGUUUCCUUGAGAUGUUGCACUUAUGAACACCUAAUUCUCUUUUGUAUUGUUCUAGAAAUAUUGAUUUAGCUGGUAUUAAGAUAUGUUUCUGAAAUAUCUGUCAGGUCAAAGCUACAUUGUAAUUUAAGCACAAGAAGAUGUUUUCAUCAGGCCUUCAUUUACAUCAAUUCUUUAUUAAAAUUCAAAACCUCCAAAAAUGGGAUCUUGCUUCUGAAAUAAAGACUCAUGUCUUCUCUUUUCAGAGUAUAUGUAAUUUUUGGAAAAAAAUUACAAAAUCUGAGACACGUGUUCACAUGCAUAAUGUUACUAUACCAUCAAAAUUGUGAAAUAAAAUGCCACAGAUAGUUUGGGAUAAACCUUGUGCAUUUAACAUGUUUAUUAAAGUAGAAAAUGACAAAUAUUGGAUACAUGUAUAUGAUAUAGAAAUGUGGUUCUGAUAGUGGUCAAUGAAAAUUGGGUGUUUGUGGUCACUUACGGAAUGAGAUUCAAUUGUUUUAAUGUCAAAAGUGUUGAUUUAAUCGCUACUUGCUAUGUUAUGAGACGUAAUAUUGAACAAAAUGUGUAAGGAGAAAUUUAUUGAUAGUACGCAUACACUGGACAUUGUCUUUCAUAUCAAUUGAUUCUUUUGGUGUUUUGUAUGAUACUAACCUAAAUGUAUUAUGUAAAUAUUGACAGAUUUGUAUUUAAAAUACACAGUAAAAUGAUGGAAAUAAU